AUGAGCGCCGCUGCCGGAGGGACACACGGCUCCGGAAGCGGCGGCGAAUCCGGACGCGGAAGGCUGCGGCAGCAAGGAAGCGGUGCUCAUGGGUCGUGCGCGACGACUGUGCACGUCGUGUGGACACUCCGCGUCGGCGUGAGGUCACGCCCCGAGGCCACCGCCGCCGCCGCCGACACGCGGUUCGUACCGUUCGCGGCAAGUCGCCGCGUCCUACGUCAUCAAGGGAGCGAGCGAUCUGAGCACUUUCUUCGGUGA